AUGCAAGCCGCACCAAACGACGCUCAACAGAUAUCCCGCCCUCGAGUGCACUCGGAUUCCGACUUUGCCCUUGAACGCAUGCUGGCCGCCGCAGCGCCGGACCAGGCCGACUGGCUGACUGCAGAGCCAAGCUCUGGUGCCCAGCAGGCCGCCCCGGACAGGUCCCAGCAGCAGCAGCAGCAGCGGCAGGUGGCGAGCCCCGUCAGCGCUGCCCAGCACCAGCAGAAGGCGCCGGGCAUGGAUGCCGCCACUGCUUGGAUGGAUGGUGAGCUGGGCAAGCAGCAGGACGAUGCAGAGUCCUGGCUCUGCACAGUCCCAAGCCAGCAGGCAGCAUGCAGGCGGCGCCGCGCCAGCAGCGACGGCGCCGUGUUGCCCCUCCCGCACGUGCGCACCGCCCCGGCGGCCAAGCCCCGCGCCACCACCACCACCGGCGGGCUGAGUCGCCGCACCACCAGGCAGCUGGGCCACGUCGCCACGGCUGGCGCUUCGCCCAGCAGCAGGGCGGCCUCUGCCAGGCCUGCCACCGCUUUCAGCCUGGGCCCGCAGAAGCCGGCCCAGCCGCAGCGCAGGCAGCAAGCGGGGAGCGCCCCUGCGGCCGCAGCAGCCGCACUCGCGCUCAACAGGGCCUCCGCCGCCGUCCGCAGGAGCAGCCCGCUCAAGGGCCCCGCGCCUCCCGCCCAGCACCAGCAGACACCCUCACAGCCGCCACCGCAGCAGCAGCAGCAGCAGCAGCAAGUGCAGCAGCAGGCGCAGGAUGCCCCGCCCUGCCCCAUCCCAAUUGCCGGCUCCCACCAGAUGUCCCCUGCCGCCAAGGUGUCCAGCUGGCUGCACUCAGGUCAUCUGAGCGUGAAGCCCUCCUCUGCCUCUGGCGCUGCCUCGCCCGCUCCUGGCACCCCCACCUGGCGCAUCCCCGCUGCGCCAGGCGCCUCCACACCUGCCGCCGCCAGCGGCAUCAGCAGGCGCCACAGCGCCCAGUCCCUGCCUGCCGCUGCCUCGAUGCCGGCUGCGGCGCCGGCCACGGCUGUCGGCAGCAGGAUCCCCAGGCUGGUGCCUGCGGUCGCCCCUGCUGGGCCUGCUGUGCCUGCCGCGGCGCCGCCUGCCGCCUCCUUCCGUGCCCAGCAGUCUGAGACCGCCCUCAAGCAGCUGGCCCAGCGGGCCCUGGCUGCCAGCAGCGGCAGCCCUCCUGCCCCACGCCCGCUGCACGCCCGCCGCCCCAGCUCGCUGCGCGGCGGCGCCGCCGCGGGCAGCCAGCCAGCCACGCCGUGCAAGCACCCCAUGCACUCGGCGCCCGCAAGCACCGGCUCUUUCGCCUCUGCCUCAGGCUCGCAUGCCAGCGACCGCCACGCGGGCAGCAGCCCCAGCACCCCGCCCUCCCGCCACCGCCUGUCGAGCAGCUCCUCGCCGCUGGGCAGCACCGGCAGCGCCUCAAGCGGCGGCUCCGCCGGCUGCGCCACCGACCCGCCCUGCCCGCUGCACCAGGCCCGCGCCGCGGCGGCCAGCCAGCUGCAGGCGGCGCAGGCGGGGGCGCGCGCCGCGGCCGAGCGGUGCGCGCUGCUGUGCCGGGCCAGCCCCCGGGCCUGGGAGGCGGCGCAGGCGGCGGCAGCCGCCGCGCCCGCGGGCGCUGCGCAGCUGUUGGAUCAGCAGCUGGAGCAGCUGGACCGGCUGAGCCGCUGCCUGUCCGAGGCAUCCAGCCAGGUGGCUGAGAUACAGAUCCUUCACACCCUGGAUACCUCUCGCCGCCCCAGCUCCGGCGGUGCCGCCGCCUCCGCCUCCACCCGCCGCCGCCUGUCCCGCUCCUCCCUGCGCUCCCCGGCCAGCAGCACCGGCGCCGCGGCGCCGACUGCAGAGGGGCCCGGCGCAAGCGCCGCAGCCCUGGCCGCCGCCGUGUCGGCCACCGCGGCGCUGAUGAUUGGCAGCAGGCCCGGCUCGGCGCGCUGCCAGCUGGCAGCCGCCGUCCCAUUCGCUGAGAGCAGCCUUUAG